UCAGAUCCUCCACGCAGCUGAGCCGAGCAUCCCACGCAGUCUGCGUGCGUCUCCGGUCCACGCUGCGCCAACACACCCGACAGGAAGAACGCGCGGAUGGAGGGUUGCGCAUAGAUGUUUCCAUUGAAGAGCGCUGCAUGAAAUUCUCGCGUUGUGAUUUUUAACUACUGUGGGAUAAACUUCCAUCUCCAAGCAGAAGCAGAAGUAGGAUAUUAUUGGACCAAGAGGGGAGCACAACAGCAGCUCCGGGUUGCUGGGGGAAGGCUGGGCGCGCUGGAAACACGCACAGUCGCGGAUCAUGCUUAUGGGAACUUCCUAUUCCGUCUCCUUAAGAGUGGCUCGGCCUGAUGUUCUAUCAUGACUGAUGGCCACGGGAGAGCGCACUUUCAGUAUGCAGAUAGCCCGGAGGGGCAAGAUCAGGAGCAAGAGGAGGUUUUGGAGGAGGUGAAGCUCGCUAUCCUGAAAUCCUACCAGGAUGAUUUAGAACCUGGAGACCUCUGUGAUGAGGAGCACAUGGAGCGCACCGGUAGAUGUAGCAGCAGGAGGAGGAAUGGUGAAACAGAAGAAGCUCAAGUUCGGCAGGUGCAGGAAGCGGAGCUGGAAAUUGAUGUCGGACCAACACUGGAAGUUCGCGUCGUGGCUCCUAUACGGGAUCCAGACUGUGUCUCUGAGGAGGAGGAGGAGCAGCAGCCGUACCCGGCCCUGGCCCCCGUGGCCUUUGUCUGCUUAAAGCAAACCACACGGCCUCGCAACUGGUGUCUCCGUGUUGUGUGUAACCCAUAUCCUUUCAUGACAUGGAAAAUUAAGUGUGCCUGACAUCUGGUAUGAGAAUCUUGGUGACGCUUCUAUUGGACACCCUUCCUAUGUUGGGAAAUGUCCUACUCCUCUGCUUCUUUGUCUUUUUCAUCUUUGGGAUUGUUGGGGUCCAGCUGUGGGCGGGGCUUCUGCGAAACCGCUGCUUUCUGGGAGGGGAGAUCAGAACAAAAUACAACUUGUCAAUCAGUCCCUACUACAUGUCGGAGGAUGGUGAAGAUAGCCCAUUUAUCUGCUCGGCAGCUCGUGAAAACGGUAUGCUUCGCUGCCAUGAUGUUCCGGCCUACACCGAGGCCAAGACUGAGUGCCAGUUACCGGCACCUCACCAAAAUUCAGAUUUGAUUGGAGCAACCCCUACAGUGGGCGGGGCCAGUGUAAAUGGAUGUGUUAAUUGGAACCAGUACUACAAUGUGUGUCAUCCUGGAGAUCACAACCCUCACAAGGGAGCUGUCAACUUUGACAACAUUGGCUAUGCUUGGAUUGCUAUUUUCCAGGUCAUCACACUGGAAGGAUGGGUGGAUAUCAUGUACUAUGUCAUGGAUGCUCAUUCAUUCUACAAUUUUAUAUAUUUUAUACUGCUCAUUAUUGUGGGAUCUUUCUUUAUGAUCAACUUGUGCCUCGUGGUCAUCGCCACCCAGUUCUCAGAGACAAAGCAACGGGAGAACGCUCUUAUGAGGGAACAGCGUGCUCGCUACAUGUCCAAUGAUUCCACGCUUGCCAGUUACAGUGAACCAGGCUCGUGCUAUGAGGAAAUGCUGCGCUACAUCAGUCACCUUUACCGGAAGUUCACACGCAGACUCCAGAGGAUAUACUCUGGAUGGCACAGUAAAAGGCGUAAAAAGGUGAAUCCUAACAGCAGUGGUGGAGGCAAUAAUGGUGGAGGUAAUGGACACGGCCAUGGCUCUAGCAGGGGCUCGGGCCCAGGUAGCGCUGUGUGGUUGAGGCCAAUACACAGCCUAUUGCAGCACCAUCAGCACCAGCACUGUCGGUUCCCCAAUGGGGGGCAGCACAUGAGCAGCCUGGCAAGCACUGAAAACUUGGCUGGAGAAGGAGGUGUGGGUGGAGCCGUGGAACUGGAGAUGAAGUCACUUCCUGUUAGUAAAGGGAGUACAAAUGGAAAUAGAAGUGGCGGCAAUCAGUCAGUCGUUACCCAAGGCAUGGGGGCCUUGCUCAGAAGACUAAAUGGAGGGAUGAACUACCCAACCAUUCUCCCAUCAUUUGUGUGCAGCUACAGCAGCAAGACACCACCACCUCACUCCCAGCAAGGUGGUUGCAGUCCAGAUCAGCAUCCGCCAAACCACUCCACGUCCGAACACACAGACAAAGUGAACAAGCUCUACCAGCUUGUGGGACAGCACAGUCACCAGAGUGUGCUGUACCAGCUGGCAGGCGUGGUACCCAGUCCACUGCUCCUGGAACUACUGAGCUGCCCUCUCUGUGCCCGCAGCCUGGAGACCUUGGAGCUGGAGUUGGGUGACUUGGAGGGUUGCACGGGAGAAGCUGAUGGACUGCACGACUUCCCCCAGGGAGGAGAUCUGAGAGGUGGGCGAGGUCGGGGCAGACGACAUGGGGCUGUGGUGUACAAGAACGGAGCACUUCGGGCAUGGAUGAACUUCAGGGAGAAAUUGAAGAGAAUAGUGGAGAGCAAAUACUUUAACAGAGGGAUCAUGAUUGCCAUCCUUGUCAACACUCUCAGCAUGGGGAUAGAGUACCAUGAGCAGCCAGAGGAGUUGACGGAUGUGCUCGAGAUCAGCAACAUCGUCUUCACUAGCAUGUUUGUGUUAGAGAUGGGCUUCAUGCUGCUGGCCUUCGGCCUGUUUGGAUACAUCAGAAAUCCAUACAACAUAUUUGACAGCAUCAUUGUUAUCAUCAGUGUGUGGGAGAUAAUUGGUCAAGCUGACGGCGGGUUGUCGGUCCUGCGUACUUUCCGUCUGCUUCGGGUUCUGAAGUUGGUUCGCUUCCUUCCUGCAUUGAGGAGACAACUUGUCGUCCUGAUGAAGACGAUGGAUAAUGUGGCCACCUUCUGCAUGCUUCUGAUGCUAUUCAUCUUCACCUUUAGUAUAUUGGGCAUGCAUUUGUUUGGUUGCAAAUUUAGUCUUCAGACAGAUGAUGGAGACACCAUUCCUGACCGCAAGAACUUUGACACUCUACUGUGGGCCAUCGUCACCGUAUUUCAGAUUCUAACCCAGGAAGACUGGAAUGUGGUGCUGUAUAAUGGUAUGGCCUCCACCUCCCCAUGGGCAGCCCUCUACUUUGUUGCCCUGAUGACAUUUGGAAACUACGUGCUUUUCAACUUGCUGGUGGCCAUCUUGGUUGAAGGCUUCCAGGCUGAGGGUGAUGCAAAUCGCUCUGAGUCGGAUGAUGACAAAAAGUCAGACAACUUUGAGGAGGAUGAGAAAGUAGAACACCUCAGAGACACCGAGCUAAAGAUGUAUACGCUAAUGAUGACGGCCAACGGUCAUGUCGACCCUCAUAGUUCAAUGGCUCCUCCCAUAAUCAUGCGAACGGCAGCCACCCCCAUGCCCACUCCAAAGAGUUCUCUGGGCCCGGAGUCCUACCUGGAGGAGGAGGUCAUGGUGAGAGAGGGAGUUCUGCAAUAUGGAGAGGUCGGACUUUCCGAACCAGGGACCGUUCACCAAGAGUCUCGCCACGGAAGCUCCACCUCCAUGGAUGCCUUAACAUGUGAACAGAGAUCUUUGAGCCACUCCAGUCCUGCGCGCCGCUCUCCUCUUCUUCCUCGUGGGUCUAGCUCCUGGGGAAGCCGUCGCUCCAGCUGGAAUAGCCUGGGAAGAGCACCGAGCCUCAAAAGACGAGAUGCUAGCGGCGAAAGAGAGAGUCUGUUGUCCGCAGAAAGAGGAGAGGAGGAAAAUGGUGUGGAUGACAGUACUGAUGCUGGCGGGUAUGACAAUAGAAUCCAGCCGGAACCCUUGGAGCUGCUGCAGGCAUCCACUCUUUGCCCUUCCAUUGUGGCCCAAUAUGGUGACUGUAAUGGGAGGAGCAUGAUUUACAAUCCCAACGUGAACACUGACUCCAAAGAUGAAUCCUUGCCUGAAGAUGACAUGGAUGAUGACAGUUCUCUUUGCUACGUGAUCAAGAAAGAGCUCCGCAAUAUGAAACCUCGCUGGUGCAAAGAACAUGAAGAAUGGACGUUGUACUUGUUUUCACCAGAGAACCCAUUUCGUGUGUGGUGCCAAAGUGUGAGCUCUCACAAAAUGUUUGACCAUGUGGUUCUGGUUUUCAUCUUCGUCAACUGCAUCACUAUCGCUCUGGAAAGACCUAAUAUACAGUCUCAUAGCACGGAGCGAAUAUUUCUUGGAGUGUCCAACUAUGUUUUCACUGUGAUCUUCCUCGCAGAGAUGGCCAUUAAGGUGGUAGCGCUCGGGUUCUGCUUUGGGAAGCAGAGCUACCUUCAGUCCAGUUGGAACGUUCUGGAUGGUGUGUUGGUUUUUGUGUCUAUGGUCGACAUUCUGGUCUCUCUGGCAUAUUCUGGUGGUAACCGGAUCCUGGGCAUCCUCCGAGUUCUACGCCUGCUCCGCACAUUGCGGCCACUUAGGGUGAUCAGUCGAGCACCGGGAUUAAAAUUAGUUGUGGAGACGCUCAUCACUUCUCUUCGGCCCAUCGGCAACAUUGUCCUGAUCUGCUGUGCUUUCUUCAUUGUUUUUGGCAUCUUGGGAGUGCAGUUAUUCAAAGGAAAGUUCUACCACUGUGAAGGUCUUAACACCAAAAAUAUCACCAACAAGUCAGACUGUCUGCAAGCUAAUUACAGCUGGAUACGAAGGAAGUACAACUUUGACAACCUGAUUCAGGCUCUGAUGUCUUUGUUUGUCCUGUCAUGUAAGGACGGCUGGGUCAAUAUUAUGUACGACGGUCUGGACGCUGUGGGAGUGGACCAACAGCCUGUGAGGAACCACAACCCGUGGAUGCUGCUCUACUUCAUCUCCUUUCUGCUCAUCGUCAGCUUUUUUGUCCUGAACAUGUUCGUUGGUGUUGUGGUUGAGAAUUUCCACAAGUGCCGGCAGGACCAGGAAGAGGAGGAGGCCCGCUUAAGGGAGGAGAAGCGGCUCAAAAUCAUAGAAAAAAAGCGCAGGAGUAAGGAGAAUGGAGGGGCUGAGGCCAAACAGAGGCCCUACUAUGCUGAUUACUCCACCCCUCGCUUGACCAUCCAUACACUGUGCACCAGUCACUACCUGGACCUCUUCAUCACCUUCAUCAUAUGCAUCAAUGUGUUCACCAUGAGCAUCGAGCACUACAAUCAACCGCAGUAUUUGGAGGAGGUUUUGAAGUACUGUAAUUACGUGUUUACCUUCAUCUUCGUCAUCGAGGCCCUGCUUAAACUUGUGGCAUUUGGGAUACACCGCUUUUUCAAAGACAGGUGGAACCAGCUGGAUAUCGCAAUUGUGGCAUUGUCCAUCAUGGGCAUUAUCCUAGAGGAGCUGAAAAUGAGUGCAGCUCUUCCUAUAAAUCCUACAAUUAUCAGAAUUAUGAGAGUGCUCAGGAUAGCACGAGUACUUAAACUCCUAAAGAUGGCCACAGGCAUGAGAUCUCUGCUGGACACUGUCAUGCAAGCACUGCCACAGGUGGGAAAUCUUGGUCUCCUCUUCAUGCUGCUUUUCUUCAUCUAUGCCGCCCUGGGAGUGGAGCUCUUUGGCAAGCUUGAAUGUAAUGACAACAAUCCCUGUGAGGGCCUGAGUCGUCAUGCUACUUUUGAAAAUUUUGGGAUGGCCUUUCUCACACUGUUUCGAGUGUCCACUGGAGACAACUGGAAUGGCAUUAUGAAAGACACAUUACGAGAGUGUCAUCCAGAGGAACGCCAUUGUCUCUCCUACCUGCCGUGGGUCUCUCCCAUUUACUUUGUCACCUUUGUGCUCAUGGCCCAGUUUGUGCUUGUCAAUGUGGUGGUGGCGGUGCUGAUGAAGCAUCUAGAAGAAAGCAACAAGGAGGCUAAAGAGGAUGCAGAAAUGGAUGCAGAAAUUGCCAUGGAAAUGGCUAUGGAGCAGCAACGCAGAUUUACCACCACUUCCAGCAACAGCUCAGGGGCAGGGAACUUUGUUGAGCCAUGUCCACAAUCGCCUGGCCAGGAGGAAGAGGUGCAGUGUGGUGAGGAUGCACAGCAGGUAUCUGAGAAGAUGUCCGUAUCCAGGAUGCACUCUUUGCCCAACGACAGCUACAUGUUCCGACCCGUGCGACCCGCCAGUGCUCCUGACCCUCUGGAGGAGGUGGACGUUAGUGCUCAGGACCAACAUUCAGGCUCGCUGACAUCGGUCCGUUCGCAGCCGUGUGAGAGUCGCGCUCUGCUACAGCUUCCUGAUGUUUCCCCUGUUCACCCGCGACCAUUUGCUUCCAUCAACCUUCCCCGCAUUGCCCCGCCUUCGCCCCACCCCUCUCCGCGGGCCCUGCGCAGACAGGUGGCAGUUAAAGUUGAUUCUGUGGAAGUCCAAAGUUGUGAGCAACAAGAGAGGCCAAACCCUGUCCAUCUUCCUCUGCCGUCUCCUUCAUCACGUUCUCCCCUUAAUCCUUCACCAUCUCACCUACCUCCUCCCCCUCCCUCCUCUCCCUCAGUUCUCUGCCUCCCACCCUGCGCUCCUUUUCCAUUUCCACUAACUUCCCUGUCUUCAUCUCCUCUCCCUCCUUUACGGUCCUCCCCAACCUCCCUCCCUCCUCCACCUUCCUUACCCUCGCUUCUCCUCCCUCCACCUCGCUCUCCACGCUUCCCAUUGCGCACUGCAAGCCUCCACCGGCCGAGACCGCCUUCCGCCGCUUCCCUCUUCGACCCGACUGACGAAGAGGUGUGUCACAUCACCAGCUUAGCCCGCCACAGGCAGAUUGCUGAACUGGGAAGCGGACAGGAGAACAGAGCGAAGGCGGGACGCAGCCACUCCCUCUCUCCAUACACUGACUCGACCUCUCCGCCUCCUCUCUCUUCAUUGCCGCGGCCCUCCUCCAGGAGGCUGCUUGGAGCAGAUUUGAAGGACCGAGACUUUAGAAAAGGCUUUAGCGUCGACACCCAGGCGUUCCGUCAGCCGUCAUUAUUGUCUGCCGGUUACUUUGAUGACCAUCGGCGCCACUCCAUUGAGGUGUGCCUCCCACAAGAUGGCGCCAUCAGUGAUGAUCAACACUUUAAGUUGGGGUUCCACAAAGAGAAGUGCAAUUUCCCAAUGAGGGUGCAGUCAGUUGGAGGUGGGCACCGGAAGAAGAAGACAAGCCCUCCGUGCAUAUCCAUUCACCCCCCUUCCGAGAGGGAGCACCCGCCCUCACCCCCAAAACUGGCGGACUGCAGUAUGAUGCUAAGACGAAGAACGCCGUCUUAUGACUUGACUGCACACACGCAGUCGAACAAGCAAGACAUCUUUGUGGACAUGGAGGCGCAUUCAUCAAUCCACCGAGCGCUCACGCCUGUCCACGUGCCACUACAAACACACUCGCCAACACACACCCUGAUGCCCUCGCCGACCUCGACACCUACACGCGCGUACACACCACCGCUGCUGUCAACCCCUACGCACCCGCCCAUCCCGAUCAGCCCGAACAUCUUCAUCCAGCCUCAAGCGCCUCUCGUCCCGAGGCCUUUCUCACAGACGCGCCCCAUCUCGCCUGCCGCACGGCACGCCGCUCUCACAAGGGACUGUAUCCCCUUGCCCCAGUUCACUUUCGACCAACCACAAUCCAGAUACCUGUCGGAUGCAGAUCCCGCGCCGUGCGCUUCACCUUUUGACAACAAACUGGGAAGUGGAUUCAGCGCAAAGAACCGGAGGACUGCCCAAUGAAUAUCAAGAGGAGGAAGUGAAUUCACCGGUCCAAAAUCUGCCGGGCUGGAGAAUGUGCUGACCUCAGGAGUAUAACGUUUUCUGGGAGAUGGAUUCUUUUGUGUUUAUGAAUUUUGAAGAUUGCUUCCCCCAGAGAGACAGACACUACCACCGUCCAUCCCAGAAUCAUAGACAAUGGAUCUAUCCAGCUCCACUUGGGCGGCACUGAACAGUUAAGGACUAAAGCCACCAAACUCUGUAGCCAAAGUGUUUUUCUUUUUUUUUGGACACACUGUCUACACCCACGCGAGCCAAUCAGGAAGCAGCGUCUGGCUGACAACCUCUGACCUUUACAGUAUAGGAAGUGGUUUAUGAAAUGCAAGCGUGGGGCGGGAUUGUGGGAUAUGCAACUUCAGGUUUUCUACAGAAGUUCUGCUUGCCCCUCCUCUGCUCCUUGAUCACAUUGAUUCGAGCAGGUGUGAGUCUAUCCGUCUGUGUGAGUGAGUGUGUGUGUUUGUGCGUGUGUGUGUGUGUGUGGAUGUGUAUGAUGAGUGUUUGUACAUUUUCUUUGUUGUGUUGCCAUGUUUUCUUACACUUCUUUCUUGACAGUGAGGGGAAGCAGGACAGAGCUGUAAUGUGUUUAUCUAUGUAUCUGUGCAGUGUAAAUAAAGAAAAUACUUUAUUUGGUGAGGUUAACAUAGCUCUAUCCAUAUGCACAUAUUUUUAUAGAGAUCUAAAGUGUUUUUGCACACAAAUUUGAAUUUCGAGUUGCUUAUUUUUCUUUGGUUUUCCUCUUGUGAAUGUAUGUUUCCUUUCCAAAGCCAGAGAGGGAGAGAAAUUAAGUAUCGGCUAAUUCUCCUCAAAGGGAUGAUGUAGAAGAUUUUAUUUUAUUUUUGUAUUUUUAAAAAUAAGAGAAUCAUAUGUGUGUGAUGUGUUUCUGUAGUUUUGUCUCAAACUCUUGAGUCUUGAUUACAGCCUACAGGAGUGGCCUCAGUGAUGCAAGUUGAACUGAUGUGAAACUCUCCAUCAAACACAUUUUGGGUCCAAUGAUCUAAAUUGUACAUUAGGAACAAAAGAGGUUUGACUAAACCUGUGGGAGUCUUCAUUUUCUAUAUUGAAACAAUAGAACCUUUAAGGAAACGAUCAGUUCCAGAAGAAGAUGUAAUCUAGUAAGGAAGUGCUCAGAUUUAGAGCAUACGCCCUUGCUGCACCCAAUGUAAGGAAAAGUAAUUUUUCCAUAAAGUUCAGGUUUCCACAAAUUUAUUUAGCCCUAAAUUUUGGUGAGAAUUUUCACUCCCCUAUUUGCAUAAACAAGCUAAAUAUACAUUAUUUCAUUGUGGGGAUUAAAUCGAGUAAAUAUAAUAAAAAUAAUAAUAAUGACUGAAAUAAAAAUUUGUCCUACACAGUUCACCCUUUGGAGUCCUAAUUAGUCAAGAUAAAGGCAUGGGCAACAACUUAAACGUAAGCUGGCGAAUAAAUUUCAAGUAUGAACUUGUCUGUUGCAUCACUGAGCCUUCCGACUGGAUCAGCUGUGACCUCAUUAAGUGUUUCUGUAAAUCUGAAGACAACCAAACUUACUAGUUACUUACUUACUUACUAGUUAUGUGUAGCCAGAGUGCAAUAAUAUUG